AUGCGGCGUGCCUCGCGUGGUUGCUCGCGACUGGGCGCCGCGGCCGGCGACUUCGAUGUGGAGCCCGCUUCCGUGGCAUCGGUCGUCGCUGCGGGGUGUCAUGGCGAUCGGCUGCGCAGGAGGAAGAUCGCGGCACUCCGUCGCGGUGGCGGCUCCAACCCUGUGCGGGAGCUCCCGAAGGGCAGGCCGGGGCCGACGGACGGCAGCGAGUUGGGCUGCGCGUUCCGCGAGCUCGCCGAGGAGUCGGGGCUGCAGCUCGAGGUGCCUCGUGGUGGGUGCGCGAAGCUGGGCGUGGAGAUCUACUUCACGGGGCGCGGAUGCCGCGGCGGCCCUAGGGCGCUCAAGAAAAUGCGCUGGUACCACCAUCGGGUGGCCGCUGGCGAAGAAGGCCGUUGGGGCCCUCGGACUCGUGAAGUGCGCUUCGUGACGCUCCGCGAGCUGCAGGCGGCCACGGUGACAGACGGGUUCCUGCGGCGCGCCGGGGAGGCGCCGAGCCGGGCGAUGCCGAAGGAACUCCAUCUGCAGCCGAAGCGUCGGUCGCCGGCCGUCGAGGCGACGGAGCCCGGGGCCAGGGCGAGGCCGAAGCGGAAGGCGCCCCGCGGCAGCGCGGGCCCCUCCUGCGGCGCCGCCGCUGCCGCCGCCGCCACCGCCCGCGGCUGCGCCCGCCCCGCCUCCAGCGCGGGCGCCAGAGCCACCGGCGCCCGCGCCCUCGCUGGCGGCCCCGAGAGCAAAAUCGCCAGAGAGGCCCGCCGCGGCGCAGCGGAGACUCCCCGAGCCCGGCGCCCGCCCAGCCGCAAGGGCGGAGCGGGCGCCAGGGCCCGCCGCGAUGAGCUGAGGAGACAGCAGGGGCUGGGCUGGCGCAAGCGCCCGAGGGCCGCUGGCGACGAGGAGGAGGAGGUCGCGGACGCCGAGUCCUGCGCGCCGACGCUGCUGGACGAGGUCGAGGCGGGGCCGCCGUGGCGCGCGGCCGGCGAGGCUGGGCGAGACGCGGCGGCAGCAGG